AUGGGGCACGGGGUGGCCCCCAGAGAUUCUGCAGCCGGUCAAUUCGGGCGUUGCACGGGGGGGGGCCAGUGUCGCCUACGAUUCCAAAGGGGACAGCCAGUGCCGCCCGCAGUGGAAAAGGUCUCGCAAGAUCCUCUGGCGCAAGCCGCCUUGGAAUAUAUGGCUUCGGGGGCGAACUUCAUGGGGCGUGGAUGGCCACAUCCAGUGGGAAGGAAUGCGAUAAAACCACGCCCUCGCAGCUCAGAGGGUCAAAAACGCAUCACAAAAAACGUUUGGCAAAGAGGAAUGUUGGCUGCGCCGCGCGCCGCCGUCGACUUUUUGUUCGUGGACGCCCCUCCUGGUGUACUUUUGGUGAUGGUCAUAUGCUGCUGCCGGGGAGGCGCAGUCGAUCCCGUACGCCAACUUUGUGGGGCUCCACCACUGUAA